CUGCUGCGUCGAGGCGCGUCCGUGGACCAGAAGAUGGUCAAUGGCUACUCGGCACUGCUGCUGGCCAGCGAGGCCGGACACGCCGACUGCGUACGUCUGCUGCUGGAGCGCGGCGCUGACGUGAACCAGAGCAACAAGGCCGGCUGGACGGCGCUCAUGGUGGCGGUGUGGAACGGCCAU